UCCCCGCGGGUGGGUCGUCUAUUCCUUUUUUUUUUUUAAUAAAGAUUUUAUUUAUUAUUUGACAGAGAGAGAGAGAGAGAGCACAUGAGAGGGGGGAGGGGCAGAGGGAGAAGCAGACUCCCUGCCGAGCAGGGAGCCCGAUGCGGGACUCGAUCCCGGGACUCCAGGAUCAUGACCUGAGCCGAAGGCAGUCGCUUAACCAACUGAGCCAUCCAGGCGCCCCGGGUCGUCUAUUCCUAAUCUGUACAUUUCUGGAGACACUGAGAUGUGAAGGGCUGUCGGGAUUACGCUCUUCUAGAGUCUCUCCGAAGUGCGGAUCCCUUGGCUGUGGGGGCCACGUUCCCCCUUCCUCUAAAGCCUUCCCCGACCAUAUAAGGAGAGGCAGCUGCUGGGGGCGUCCCCAGGAUCUAAAGAUAGCAGUCGCUGGCUCGGAGUCCAAAUGCCACCGGGUAGCGGGGAGCCGCCAUGGCAAGUCUUCCCUCUCCCACCCCUAUGAAGCCCCACCGCAACUCCUCUGCAGGCAGCAUGCCCGGAUGCUGUGGUACGACAGGCCCAGGUACGUGUUCAUGGAGUUUUGUGUUGAGGACAGCACCGAUGUCCAUGUGCUCAUCGAGGACCACCGUAUUGUGUUCAGCUGCAAGAAUGCCGACGGAGUGGAGUUGUACAAUGAGAUAGAAUUCUAUGCUAAGGUGAACUCCAAGGACUCCCAGGAUAAGCGCUCUGGUCGCUCCAUUACUUGCUUCGUGAGGAAAUGGAAGGAGAAGGUAGCCUGGCCCCGACUCACUAAAGAGGAUGUCAAGCCAGUGUGGUUGUCUGUGGACUUUGAUAACUGGAGGGACUGGGAAGGGGAUGAAGAGGUGGAGCUGGCUCAGGUGGAACAUUACGCAGAGCUUUUGAAGAAGGUCAGCAGCAAGAGACCUCCUCCUGGCAUGGAUGACCUGGAUGAUGAUUCUGACAGCACUGAAGCAACAAGUAAUUAACUUCUGCACCUGAGUAUGGCUGCAUCAGAUGGCAGGAUAGGAGAGGAGUAGACUGGUGGGGCUCCUGAGUUUCUACCAAUUGCCUGUAAUCUUUGUGUUUGUUUGGGCCAGUCAUCAGGGCUCUCUUGAGUAUUCGAGCAUGUGUAUAUAUGUGCUGGAGCAAAAGCCAAAGAAGCAGCAGAUAGAUUAUAAUAAAUCUGUAAGAACUGUU